GCAGUGGCUCUGGUCGCGACACCAACGAGCAGACGACGUUUAGUGCAGCCCGUAUGUGAAUUAGUUGGAAACCUCGGCCAAAGGCGAAGCUGGCUUUCCAGGUUCUGCUUCCUGUGAGUUUCCUACACUCGCGGCCACGCCGACUGGGAAGACCUGUCUUCGACCUUUAUGGAUUUUACAGGCCUCCCAGGAAGUCAAGAGGCUGGAACAUGACUAGUGUGGCGAAACUCGGCGCCGAAGCCCAUGAAAGCGGGAAGCCGAGAGCCAACGGAAAGAUGGCCCAUGACCACAGCGGCGUGGCUGCACGCCCUGCAGACGUGACGGCGGUACCUGGUGAGGAAGGCGACAACAACAAUGGCUCGGUUACGUUGGUGAUCCAUAAGUACGAGACGCCACCCGGUGCAGAAAAACAGCACGUGGUGCAGACUGAGGAUUUGGAGAGAUACUUGGCAGCCAUGAAGCAGACUGCGGGCUUCAAGGAGCAGCUCUCGACCCUCAAGACUGGCCAGCAGAAGCCUUGGACUGUCGCUCAGAAGCCGGAGAAUAAGCACAAGAACCGAUACGCAGACCUUCUGCCUUAUGAUGACACACGUGUGAUCCUCCAUGCCCUCAAAAGCGAUCCUUCGUCGGACUACAUAAACGCAAACUACAUAAACGGUUACCACAAGUCCAAGGCCUAUAUCUGCACUCAAGGUCCUGUGGAGAAAACAGUGUCCGACUUCUGGCGCAUGGUAUGGCAAGAAGAAAUCUGCAAAUUUAUUAUGGCUGCGAACCUGGUGGAAGACGGAAAGCCGAUCAGGAUAACCACAGGAAUCUCCCGAAAGGUUGAGCGGUACUGGCCCGAGACUUGCAGCAAAUAUGGAGACAUCAUGGUGACGCUGGUGUCAGAGGAGGUGUUCGUGGACUACACCAUCCGGACGUUUAAAAUCCACAAGUCUGGUGCGGCAUCCAAGCGCGUGGUGAAGCAGUUUCACUUCACUGCGUGGCCCGACCACGGUGUACCGGCCCACCCGCUCUCGCUCGUUCAAAUGAUCGAGCUUGCCAAGGUACACGCGCCGUCCAGCAAGGCGCCGCUGCUGCUGCACUGCAGCGCCGGCGUCGGCCGCACGGGCACCAUCGUCCUGAUGGAACUGGCGCUCGACAUGGCGCGGGCCGAGAAGCGUGUCGACGUCAUGGGGCUGCUGUACAAGCUGCGCCAGCAGAGGAUCAACCUCGUCGAGACUGUGGAGCAGUACGAAUUCGUGCAUGAGGCGCUUGUGGAGCGGCUGUUUGGCGAACCAACGAGACAGCCUUCCGACCAACUGGCUGCUUACUUCAACCGCCUCAAAUUGGACAAAGCCGGUGGGAAGAACACCGAUCUUGAACUGCAGUACGAGAAACUGAAGCAGCUAUCGCCUCCUUUACCACCUGAGAAAUGCAAGUUCGCACUCACGAACGAGAACCGGCUCAAGAACAGGUCGAUCGAGAUACUACCAGAUGAAGACGGCAGACCAGUUCUGGGGACUGGAGCAUCGUCUGUCUACAUCAACGCCGUCUACACCAAUGGCUACGCGAGCCGUAGAACAUACAUCGUGACUCAGUACCCGUUGAUCAUCACAGUGGAGGAUUUCUGGCAGCUGGUCUACGACUCCGGCUCGCAGACAAUCGUGCUUCUCAACGAUGUUGACGCCAAGGAUGAGACAUGCCCCGUGUUCUGGCCACAUACUGGGAGUAUGCACCACCGCCACUUGCGCAUCGAUCAUGUGUCCACCGAUGUCGUCACUGGUGGCGUGCUGCAGCGGAAGUUCAAGCUUAGGAACACCGCUAAGUCUCCCAAGUCUCGGCUCCUCAAGCAGUUUCACCUGCAAGGCUGGCGCAAGGGCGACGUCAACCCGCCAUCUGUGGACCUCCUGGUGCGCUUCCUCAGCAAAGUUGAGCGCUGGCAGCGGAAGUGCCCACCCAAGAAUCCCACCAUUGUCGCAUGCUUCAACGGAGCCACUGCGUCGGGCCUCUUCUGCGCGGCGUCCUUCCUGGCGGACCAGCUGAGGGCCGAGCGGCACGCCGACGUCCUCAUGGCGGCCCGCACAGUCCGGCAGCACAGGCCUACAUUCCUGCCGUGCCUGAACCAGUACCGGUUACUCUACGAAGUGGCCUGCGCACUGGCGACUCCCAAGCACUGCAAGCUUCGCUGAUUCAACGAGGCGCCGACACUCAUUCCGUCCCUUGCGGUGGCAGCCCCCUCAUCCAUUGCUGCACGAAUGCACACGAAACCAGGGGCCUUCUACAUGGAUCUCUCUUAUUUACUUCUUAAGUGUAUUUACAAUGGAGAGUCUACUAGCGGCAUUUCUGUGAUGUAAAACUGCUUUAUGUAUUUUUUUGUUCUUUUCUUUAAUGGCGGAUUAUUCGUCCCUGUACUGUCAGUGUUCUUUCUAACAGCGUAUCACUGAAUUGCUGUUAUGCAUUAUUCUUUUGCCGCGCUUGUCGCAUUCGUUGCAUACACACUGCCGGAACGUUUAAUUGCAAAUAUUAUUUCUCUUACUUCAAAUUCCCCGCUUGAUCACGUAGAACAGCAAACUUGAGAAAAGAGUUUUCUGUAAGAUCGUCGAUGCCUGAUUAUAUGGAAAAACUGUUGAGGCCAACGCAGACAAAAUUUUAACUAUGGCUGCAUUACGAUACGGCUAUAUGCAAGUGGUCUUGAAGAAGGCGGUGUCAAUGUUUCGCAAGUUCAUACCUGUGUACAUCGCAAAUAUAUUUCAUAAAGUGUCAACGGGCCCGGAUAGCAGUGUGAGUCUGUUGUGUUUUUCGCACUGCUGUAUGCCACCGACGUAGCUCAACUUUCCACGUUCGCGCACACGCUUGCAAUUCACAGUUUUCUUUCAUUCCUUCGCUUCCGUGGGGAAUUUGUACGUGGCAUUCUACGUGUGCGAAGUCGGCAUUUAAAAACACGCUAUGCAAUAUCGCAGACGGUGUGCAGCUUUAGCGAUGCCGUAUACCCGUUCCCGUCAAUAUUUCACGAAACACAAAGAAACCCCGCUGGUAGCUGUGAUAAAAAAGAACCAAUUUUGCGUGCAUGUAUAGAAUUCACUGCUGGAUUUUGUUCCAUCUUGAACGAAUACUAGCGCGACGAAAACGAGGACGAGAAUAGAAAAGACAGACAACAGCGCUGAACUAAAUUUUAUUCAAAAGAAGCAGAAUAAAUAGCCACUGGAAACCUUAAGCAAGACGGUGAGAUGGGCUAGUUGGUGAACAUUCAUUUUGAAGCACAAAGCUUAUAAGCGCACUUAAAACGAGGACCGAAGAUAUAAGAACUUGACAGGACAGCGCUUCUGGAAACCUUAGAAAAGAAAUAAACAAUGCACAUGCUCAAUUGGACAAAACAAACAACAAAAGGCUAUGUGGCUGACGAGACGUGACACAAGCUAUCCUUGAGGUAUCAUGAUACUUCUGCAUCUGAUAGUGCUAAUGAAGGCUGACUGAUCCAGUUAUCACCUUCCAGUGACAUGUAAAACGCCUCCAUGAUCUCCCGUGAGCGCUGCUCUCUGUGGCAAUGCAAGAUUGCCGUUUUAUCAAAACAAGGUUUGCAAGCACUUCUUUGACAAUGAAUGGCCAAAUGGGGACAUGUGCCGUUUUUGACAUUACGCGCAUGCUCCUGGAUUCUGACGUUGACGCACCGACUAGUUUGCCCAAUGUAAAACUUGUUGCAAGAACAUGGAAUUUUAUAUACUGCAUUAGUUCGACAAUCUACAAACCUAUUCCUGUGUUUUCCCGCGCAGCUUUGCCGUUUGUCAUAUUUUUCUCCCCGUUUAAUUUCCUACGCACAGCUGGACAUACCUGCCGCUAUUUUCCGCAUACCAGUUGCUGUUUAUUCUGCUUCUAUUCGGAAUAAAAUUUAGUUCAGCGCUGUAGUAUGUCUUUUCUAUUCUCGUCCUCGUUUUUGUCGGGGCAGUAUUCGUUCAAGAUGGAAGGACACCAACUCGCCCAGUUGACAGUUUUGAUGGAUUUUGUUAUUUGAUGUGUAUAAGGUUGUCAAGUGUUUUGUUCAGAAGCACGUGCCAGCAUGGGUCGUUAGGGAGGUGGAUGGAAAAAAGUUGGAGAGAAAUAAAAGUCAAUAAUAGCCUGAUUGUGCAUUUCCUGCAGGGGAUGCGCAUUUGAACACUUCCAGGUUAUCGGCACUUUUUCCUACCGCCUAUUGAAGCUGCUCGAUUUAGGUCCUUUCCCUCAUUAAGCCAUGCUGCUGUCGCAGGCCGAAGCCACGGCGCAUCGCGAGCGGCUUCCCGUGGCUCUUUGCUCUCGCCUCGUACUUCUAACGGCCGUCACAGCUACCCAACCGCCAGCGAUUUAGAACGUGCUCGAAAGAAAAUUCUGCUCAACGGUGACACUACACCGGCGCCACCAAUCAGCAAACUUUCAUGCGCGGAGCACCAGUGCGCGUCUAAACUAACCUAGGAAACGACGCCGGAGCAGCUUUGCAGCGACCUUUGUUUUAAGCGGCCUAACAACCCGCCGCGGUUAUCGGUCUACUAGCUCAAGGACACGGGUUCGACUCCCGGCAACGCGACCGCAUUUCGAUCGGGGCGAAAUGCAAGAACGACAAAGUACUUAGAUAGACUAUACCAGCUGGUAAAAAUGAGUCCACAGUCCACCGCUAUGGUGUCUCAUAAUCAUAUCGUGGUUGUGACAUCUAAUGCGCCAACAUCCAUUUUUUAACUUUUUCGUGACCGUGGGAAACUUGGCCACAUUUUGCAUGCUUUAGUAAAUAUUUUUUUAUUAUGAGUAUUGUGAUAGAUACAGUGAAUAUUAUAUAGCAAUACAAAACCAAUUGAUGGUAAUUUUAAUGGUAUUACUUCAACAAAUAUUAGGGUAUAAUAUUGUCACGGGGUCGUGACGUCGACGAAGGCAGCAGUCGGCGUGUCCAAGAUGAAACUCUUUAUUUGGCCGAGCUUGUGGCUGGGAAACGAACAGGCAAACUACAGCAAUACACACUGUACAUACACUGAUAGCAGCGAACAGACCGUGAGCCAUCGAUAAUCUGCUGUGCGGUAAGGCGUGUCGGCAUUUAUACAUGCGGCAUCGAGCAUUCGAGCCUUAUCGCUGGUGGCCGCGUGAGUUCCAGAAUGAACUCAAACUGUUCGCGUUUGCGCGCUCAAGCCUAUAAGAAGAUUCUGAAAUAAUCGUGACGAUUCCCAGCCAUUCGGGCUAGGUUUGCGCAAGACAGGCAUUACACGUGUAACGGACGAGUUACGUAAGCAUAGCAAAAGAAGCGCGCGUGGCAUUGCCCCCCCUCAGAAAAAACAUCGUCUCGAUGCUUGUGACGGAACAUAGAACGGCGAAAAAGCAAGUGCAUACACAAAUAAAUUACAAUAACAAGGCAAAAUGUAGAGUCCACAGGUUCGCUAACGCGCAGAAAACGCCUUAAGGCGCACGACAUGCACGACUGCAGGUCGUGAGCGGCGUCGCUGGGAGUUCGUAAUGCCGUCCGGGAUCACGUCGUAGUCUAGAGCGCCGAGACGUGGAAGCACAUUGUAUGGCCCGGUGUAUCGCCGAAGACGUUUCUCACUGAGUCCACGUCGGUGUAUCCGCGUCAAGAGCCAAACACGCUCGCCGGGCUGGUAUUCCACGAAGCGUCGUCGAAGAUUGUGACGGCGGCUGUCGGUUAUCUGCUGAUCCUUGAUGCGUUGGCGAGCCAGCUGUCGGGCUUCUUACGCGCGCUGAAGGUAAACAGUGACGUCCAGGUUUUCUUCGUCGGGUGCGUUGGGUAACAUGGCUUCGAGCGUCGUUGCCGGGUUCCUUCCGUAGACCAACUUGUAGUGCGUCAUCUCCGUCGUUUCUUGCAUGGCCGUGUUGUAUGCGAAGGUCACGUACGGAAGGAUGGCAUCCCAGGUCUUGUGUUCGACGUCGGCGUACACGGCCAGCAUGCCAGUGAUUGUCUUGUUAGACGCUCAGGGAGGCCUUUUGUCUGUGGGUGGCAGGCGGUUGUGCAGCCGUGAAUUGUCUGGCUGUAUCUCAGAAUCGCCUGAGUUAGGUCCACAGUAAAGGCGGUACCUCUGUCCGUGA